UCCAUUAAAUACUAUUUAGUAAUUUAUAAUAAAUAUCAGCGAGAUUUACAAGAUAAUAUCGUGAUAAAAGCGUAAUGGCCGAGAAUUAGAUUUGGGUACCCUCGCAUAUAAGUAUAAAUCAUGAACCACACGACCUUAUCCUCCCAACAUCAAACAGAAUCCUACGCGACUUCCCUCCUUUAAUGGCCCAAAAACAACACAUAGUCCUCUUCCCUACCCUCUGCCAAGGCCACUUCAUACCCUUCUUGGCACUCGCUGCACAUCUAGAGCAGCGAAAUCGCUACACCAUCACCCUCGUAAGCACUCCACUCAACGUCAAAAACCUUCAGUCCACCCUUCCUCCAACCACCUCCAUCCGACUCGCCUCCCUCCCUUUCAACGGAUUAGAGCACGGCCUCCCCCCCAACUCAGAAAGCACCGACACCCUACCAUGCCAUCUCCCCCUCCGUCUUCUACAAGUUUCCGAAACGCUCAAACCUUCCUUCGAGAAUCUCAUCUCAGAAAUAACUAGAGAAGACGGCCGCCCUCCUUUCUGCAUCAUCUCAGACAUGUUCCUCGGAUGGACGGUCGAGAUCGCAAAACGACUUGGCAUAUUCCACACCGUUUUCGUCGUUAGUGGAGCCUACGGAACUGCCGUCUACUUCUCGCUCUGGCUCAACCUCCCUCAUUCCAAAACCGAUUCGGACGAGUUCCCGCUUCCCGAUUUCCCCGAACCGAUCUCUAUCCACAGAUCCCAGCUUACCAACCAUCUCAAACUCGCCAACGGCUCUGAUGCGUUGUCGCAGUUGCACCAGCGCUUGCUUCCUCUAUGCUUCCGAUCCGAUGGGUUCUUGUUCAAUACAGUGGAAGAGCUGGAAAAGACUGGCUUGGAAUAUUUCAGAAGGAAGACGAACCGGCCGGUUUGGGCAAUUGGACCGGUGAAGAACGUAUCGUAUGCAAGAAAGGAGCCUGGAAUUUCUGCGGAUAGAUGUCUCUCAUGGUUGAAUCUCCACUGUCCGAAUUCUGUUCUGUACGUUUCGUUCGGCUCUCAGAACACCAUCUCUGUUUCCCAGAUGAUGGAGCUGGCGAUGGGUUUGGAAGCGAGUGGAACGCCGUUCAUUUGGGUCGUUCGACCUCCGGUCGGGUUCGACAUAAACGAAGAAUUCAGAGCUGAGUGGCUGCCGGAGGGAUUCGAAGAGAGGAUGGCAGAAGGGAAGCGGGGGAUGUUGGUGAGAAAUUGGGGGCCCCAGCUGGAGAUAUUGUCUCAUGGAUCGACGGGCGCGUUUCUCAGCCACUGCGGUUGGAAUUCGACGGUGGAGAGCUUGAGUAGAGGAGUGCCGUUGAUUGGGUGGCCGUUGUCGGCAGAGCAGUUUUACAACGUGAAGAUGAUGGAGGAGAAGUUGGGGGUGUGCGUGGAGAUUGCGAGGGGCUAUGGUGGGGAGAUUGAGAGGAGUGAGGUGGAGAGGGUAAUAAAGGAGGUGAUGGGAGAGGAGAUGAGAAAGAAAGCGUUGGAAGUGAAGGAGAUGAUGAAUGACGCUACUAGAGAAGACAAAGGAUCCGUAGCCUCUUCUCUGGAAGCUUUGGAUGAAUUUCUCACGACUGCCAUUCGCCAGGAUGGAAAGCCGAAUGAGUGCGUGUAGAAACGAUGAAUGCCAACUUGACAUGUCAAGAUCGUUUGAUUAUUUCAAUGAAAAGUGGAAUGGUUGCGUGGUUAACUGGUCUCCAAGUAUACUGCCAUUCGCAUACCUUUUUCUUCUUCUUUUUUUCAUUGUCUGUAGUGGACCGCAUGAUAAGGCCUGAUUCCCUGAUGAGUUUGAUUUUUCUUGACACGGUUAGGCUACUGAUGGCGAUCUAUAUGCCCAUCUUGUUGUAUGUGUGUUGUCUU